AUGACUAGUUAUUUUUCUGAAGACCCAAACGAUCAUUAUGAACAGUUCAGACAUGAUCCCCAAAGAUCAUAUGCCACUCAAAGUAAGGCCCUUCGACCUAAGGGUUUUCAAAAUGAAAAGAAUAUACAAGUAACUUCAGAAAGAAAACAUAUCGAAAGCAAUUGUCGUAAAGGGUAUCAUUUACAAAUGCAUACAAACGAAAACUUUUCAUGUGAUUAUUCUAAGCAUGUUAUAGAGGAUUUUAAUAUUGGUCAACUACUUGGUCGUGGGGGUUUCGGAGAUGUGUAUAAAGCCAUUGCGAAAAAAGGAGAAUUUCGUGGAAAUGAGAUUGCUAUAAAAAUUUCAUCUUUAAAACCGGAUGCCCUCCAACGUGUAUAUUCAGAAGCGAAGAUCCAUGCAAUUCUAUCUCACUCGUCUAUUCUCAAGCUUUAUUACUCAUUUGAAGACUCUAGAUAUUUUUAUAUGGUAAUGGAACUGUGCCCUAAUGGAGAACUCUACAAAUAUAUUCAACAACGCGGAGUUCCGCUUUGUGAAGCUGAAGUUAGAUGGGUUAUGAUACAGAUCAUAGAAGGUCUUUUGUACAUGCAUGAACAUGGUAUCAUGCAUAGGGACUUAAAACUGUCAAAUAUUUUAUUGACUGAAAGGAAUGAAUUGAAAAUUGCGGAUUUUGGCUUGGCUACUAAUGUUAACGAAAGGAAUAGUGAACCAAACACUUUGUGUGGAACUCCCAAUUAUAUAUCUCCUGAAAUUAUAUCACGAAAACCAUAUGGACUAGCUUCUGAUGUUUGGUCUCUUGGCUGUAUGCUUGCUACUAUAUUAACCGGUCGAGCACCUUUUGAAAGUAGAGAAGUACAAAAAACACUGGAUCGGGUAACAAAAGCCGAUUACGAGUUACCGGAUACACUUUCAAAAGAAGCCAAAAAUUUGAUUAAUCGGUUAUUACAAGUAAAACCCGAGAAGCGAAUUCUACUUAAUCGCAUCUUGGAACAUCCCUUUUUUGACCAAAAGUUACCUAUUAUUCGAUUACGUGAUCUUUCAAUCAAUGACCAAUCUUCAAAAAUAUCAAGAAAUCCUUUAGACUCUUAUAAAAAUGUCAAGUCCAAACGCGGAUUCUCCAAAAACGCACAAUUCAACACUGACCGACUUAAACCACUAAAACAAAAAACCAAGCACGCGUUUGUGGAAAUCUUACCAACGGGAACAGUAUUCUUGGAUUUUUAUGACGAUCGAUAUUUGAUUACCAUCACCAAAGAUGGCGGAAAAAUAGAUAUAUUUGAGCGACCAGUUGGAAAAGAAACGCCUGCAAUAUUAGUUAAUCCAAUAAAAUCAUAUGUUUUUGAUGAAUUACCUAUUAAGUAUUUGAAAAAAUAUCGUUAUGCAGCAAAAUUUAUAGAAUUAGUCAAAAGUAAAACUCCAAAGAUAAUAUUUUACUCUCCACAAGCCAAAUGUAUUUUAAUGGAAAAUGGACCAAUGGCUGAUUUCGAAAUGUGGUUCCAUAAUCGGACAAUGGUUCACCAUUCUGUGGGCAAGGAAUCUCUUGAAAUUACGAUUCCAUCUUCGACACAUAAAGAUAAUUUUGUCAAACACAAAUUCACUAUAAACAAUAAAUUGGACCUAAAACUGCCGUCGGAGCUAUUGCCUGUUUUUAAACACAUGCAAGAUUGUCUAAAACAAUGUUUAGAUAUUGAAAAAAAUGGUAUUUUAGAUUCUAGUACUGUGCACCCCUUGAUCCUGAGAAGUUCGAGAUCUCAAGUAAAAAAUAAAGAAUUGGAUACCAAGAUAAAUAAUCACCGGGAAAACCCUUUACGUCAGGCAAGAUCAGCACCUACCCCUGAAUUAGCCACACCAGCGGUCGUAUCCCAACUACCAGUUCACGUCAAUGGGUCUAAAAGUGAUGAAGCCGGUACUCAAUACACUACAAAUCGAAGGCAUCCGUCAUCUUCAACAUAUUCUAUCUCGUUUAAGUCAACUAACUCCUGUUUAGGUGAAAUAAAUCCGGUCGAAAAUAUGACGUGCAAAUAUAUUGAAGGUUUAGGUUGGUGUGUGAGGACAUUAGAUUCUCAAUUUACCAUGUUAUUUGAUGAUGGCGUGAAAGUAGUACUGGAAUCAAAGAAUCAAUGCCUAAAAUAUUCCGAUGAAUCUAAACAUAACAACACUAAUAAAGGAAAAGUAAUAAGUUUUCCCAUCGAUCACAAUCUUCCAUCAUAUGCAAAAGAGCGACUUGCACAUUUCCGAGAAUUCGCCAAAUUAUUUAACGACCCGUGA